AUGGCAGUUACUAGAGAGAAAGAAAAUUGUUCAAGAAAAAUUAAUGGAAAUAUACCUGCGCUAUCUCUUAACAGUGACAAUAUGUCGACAUCCACGGACAGCGACGAUGUAGCGGACCCGACGUACGAAAUUAGGAACAUUCAAAGUAUCAUAAACGUGACCCGUGAAAACAUCGAUGCUCUCAAUGCGAAAUUCGCUGGUCUGCAACAUCCACCGUCAUUGUACCUUACAGAGUACCAGGAGUUGACUGCGAAAUUGCAUAAUUUGGAGCUUAGGGAACGGACUUUGAGGGAAUUGCUACAGUCUGAAUCGCCGGACCGGAGUGAAGAGUAUUCUUGGCAGGAUGAGUCCAAGAAAUUUGACACGCUCACGCGGCAGCCGAAGGUGUUCUUACGGGCGCAUCUGCCUAAUCAGCAGCGAACUAGUGUUCAGGUGAAGGAGGGCGUUACUCUGCGAGAGGCGCUCUCCAAGGCCCUCAAGUUACGGAACUUGACUUGUGAAUUGUGUGAAGUAGUGAGGACAGGCAAUGACGAAGUGAUACCGUGGGAUAUAGAUAUAACUUUGAUAGAUGCAGAGGAGGUGACAGUCAAAAUAACUGAUAAAAUGCCAAUAAUGUCACAUAUGUCCCACCAAUAUACUCGCAAGACAUUCUUCACCUUAGCCUUCUGUGAGUGUUGCAGACGGAUUCUGUUUAAUGGGUUCUACUGCUCUCAAUGCAAUUUUAAGUUCCACCAGCGGUGUGCUGAUAAAGUGCCUAGUAUUUGUCAUCAGGUUCGAAUGCCAGACACAUAUUAUGCAGCCCUUCUAGCAAAAAAUCCAGAGACGCAAACUGGGAUACUAUAUCUACCCUCUCAAUUUAGUUAUAAUCAAAAUAAGCAACAACACCCUCGGUCCCUAAACCAGCAGGAUCGGUCAAACUCGGCUCCCAAUGUGUGCAUCAAUAUGGUGCAACGGCCUCUCACACUUGCCGAGCAUCAAAGAAAACAGAAUCAGAGUAACAACUCUCCUCAGUCCUCAAAUUACUUAACGUCGAGUCGACAUUAUAAGGACGACAAAGAUCGAGGUGACCAGCAACACAGUCAAAGUACACAGGCGUCCCCGACGGGCACGUUGCGACCGCGUCGUGCCCGCGCCCGUUCUGCGGACGAGUCGUGGAAACACGCUUUGUCGCCUCGAGAGAGUUAUGACGACUGGGUGAUACACGCUGAUGAAAUUCUUAUCGGCGCUAGAAUAGGUUCCGGCAGUUUCGGGACAGUGUACAAGGCGCAUUGGCACGGUCCGGUCGCUGUCAAAACCCUUAACGUCAAAACACCGACACCUGCGCAGCUGCAGGCGUUUAAGAAUGAAGUGGCAGUGUUAAGGAAGACGCGGCACUGCAACAUCCUUUUGUUCAUGGGGUGCGUUUCAAAGCCUUCGCUGGCCAUCGUGACGCAGUGGUGCGAAGGCUCUUCGCUGUACCAGCACCUGCACGUGCUGGAGACGGCUCUGCCGAUGAUCUACCUAAUAGACGUGGCACGACAGACCGCGCAAGGCAUGGACUAUCUGCACGCUAAGAACAUCAUACACAGAGACCUGAAGUCUAACAACAUAUUCCUGAGGGACGAUUGGUCAGUGAAGAUCGGUGACUUCGGGCUAGCCACGGCUAAAGUGCGCUGGUCGGACUCGUCGACGGCAGGUGGCGUACAGUGGCAGCAACCCACCGGCUCCAUUCUGUGGAUGGCGCCCGAGGUGAUCCGCAUGGAGGAGCCGGCGCCCUACACCUUUCGCUCAGACGUCUACUCGUACGGUAUCGUGCUAUUCGAGUUGAUGGCCACGGAACUACCCUACGCGCACCUUAACAACAAGGACCAGAUUCUGUGGAUGGUGGGGCGAGGGCUCCUGAGGCCCGACGCCCGCAAGUUACGCCAAGAUGCCCCGCAGGCGCUCAAACGCCUCUUCGACGACUGUAUAGAGUUUGAACGCGAGCGGAGGCCGCAGUUUCGGCAGAUACUGGCCGCGCUGGAGGCGAUGCUGCGCGCGAUGCCAAAGAUCACCCGCAGCGCUUCGGAGCCGACCCUCGGGCGGCCGCUGCACGCCUCCGACGACUACCUCACCUACAGCUGCGCAUCGCCCAAGACGCCUGUCAACUUUCAUUUCAACGCCGACACCAACUUCCCGGCCUUCUACGGGAUACCCGUCCCGAACCAACGACAUAACUAA